CACUGCCGGCUUCCGUAGGGUGUCGUGGCGUGAGGACGUAGGCUAACGAUAUAGCAAAUUUUGUUUAUACUUUUAGAGAAAUAUCUUUAUUUGUUUGCUUUGGGCGGCGGUGUGGCAGUGUAAGGGAAUUAAAAAUAAAAGGACAAAAUGAGGCGUUCAGGACUGGGUGAGGGGGCACCACAAGGAAAUUAUGUUGCCAGUGGCUACAGUGUUUAUGAGGAGGAGAAUGAACACUUACAGGAAGGCCUCAGAGCCAAAGUAAAUGCCCUGAAACAUCUCUCAAUUGACAUUGGAAAUGAAGUCAAAAACCAAAAUAAAAUGUUGACAGACAUGGACACAGAUUUUGACUCGACUGGUGGUUUGCUGGGAGCCACCAUGGGCAGACUAAAGCUGCUAUCCAGAGGAAGCCAGACCAAAAUCUACUGCUACAUGCUACUUUUUGCCCUAUUUGUGUUCACUGUCCUUUAUUGGGUGAUCAAACUAAGGUGAUGCAAUGACUAAUGAAUUUGACUGAGUUUUUGAACCUCAUUUCCUGUGUGUGCCAUGCUCCAGUGCAUCAGACAAACAGGAUCAGACCAGUGCUUAAAAUGAAAGAAAUGAUUAAUAACACACAAUUAAUCUUAACUGCUAAGUUGUUAUAUCUUAUAUCUUAGUGUCCCUUUGCCACAGUUUAGUAUUUUCAUUGGUAUAGCUGUUUGUGCCAUUAGUAUUACUUGUGAAAUAAAGGCUUUAAUGAAAAGCAAAUAUGCAGCUUUUUCUUAGGAUUAAUGAUCCCAUAUUUAAUCUGCACCAUUUAAAUGUGUAAUUAACUUAGGUUUUAUAAACUUAAUAAAAAAAGAUGUGAAUUUUUAUAAAUGUGCAGAUUCAGACUAGACUAUGGGCCAGACUGAGUGGAGAGCAGAGGAACACCAGCUUGGUUCUCAAGCUAAUUAUGUGCCAUCAACUAUUUUAUUAAAACGUUGCAUUUCUGGUCAGCCUACCUUUUCAGUUUUACCAUGGAAGACUGUACAGUACAGAAUCCAGUCAAAAACAAGAUAAUACCAAAUGCAUUUAAGUCAGAAAAGGCUACCAUAUAAUUCACUUUAACGUAGUGUAUCAAUAACAAUGGUCAUAUUUAAUAUCAGUUUUAAUUUGGUUCUGAUUACAUGCACACAACAA